CCCACAACAGGGAUAGACCGUCCCGUACUUCAUCUGAAAUGUGGGACUUGUUGGGUUUUCUUCGCCAUCUGUGAGGCAGUUAAUUUUAUUGCCUGUUGCAUUUGUGGGAGAGAGAACAUCCACCUUUUCCAAUGGAACAGGAACCAGCACAAGAUGCAGAGGCAGAACCCAGUGAAGCCAAAUUGGACAAACAAGAUAAUACUCAAAUAUCUUCAAAACCAGAAAAAAGUCCUGCGGAGGUAAAAAAGAAAAUAAAUGAAAACUUCUUCUACACGUAUGAAGAUGUAUAUUCAGGACCAUAUGUCACUAAUGACACUGAGAUAUCCACCGACCUUCUUGUUUUUAAACAUUCUUUUGGAUAUGACUGUACCAGACCUGUAAACCUGAUGGUAAUGGAUAGAGAUACUGUAGGUUAUGUAGCAGGCAACCAGGUGAUCCUCCAGAACCUGAGUACUAAGCAUCAGAAACACGUCCGGAGCAGCUGUGGCGGUGGCAUUGGGUUUAUCACAGUAUGGCUUUUGUUUCUUGUUUAAAAACUUGAGUCACUUCCUAGAGAGAAAAUGUUUGCUUGGUUGUGGUUGCCAGGUAUGGGAGACUUCUACAGUUGCACUUUAAUAUACAUUAGAAAGUAUAUGGUAUUGAUUAAAGGAAUGUGUGGAUCAUGCAGCAUGGGCUUCUCAUCCCAUCUAUAUAAUUGGCAGAGAACAAGUAUCUGCACACCUUAGUCCCAGGCUCAGCUACCUAAAAGGACUGACAAGUCCAGCUGGGAUUAUUUUUACAUUCUUAUUUAAAUCUUUUGGCUCAUAGCAAUUCUUUUAUUUUUUCAACACUUCAUUGGUCCUAAUCAAAACUGAUACUAAUAUAGAGUCCUACUUGCAAUUAAAAUUUAGAAAAUCAAGCUCCCAGACAAAUAAAGAGAAAAAGUAUCUGGUUUCACUCUAAUAAACUUAUCAAAAGCUUGAAGUAUCAAGUUCUGUCUCUGAAGUACCUUACCAUGUGAAAGCUCUGCUAUCUCUGUUUUAUUGCACAUGAGCAAGGCUUUCAGCUUCAGACUGGUAGUCCUGCUUCAUCAUAAGCAGCCUUUUCUGGGGAAUCAGUGUACAUAUUUAGACCUUCAGAGUAGUGUCAUUCAGGAUAGCUCUUCUGCAGCUGUCUGCUGAAGUAGAUGGCUGCUGACACAAAUGCUGCUAUGGAAAGAUUAGCUAGUGGGUUGAGUGAGGUAGGAAUCGUAAAAGGAUGCAUCACAAAGUAGAUUGUUUUACCAUUUGUGAUGAUUCCACAGUAUAUGUGGGAUAUACCAUUUUGUGUGCAUAGUGGCUUCACUCUGAUAUUGAGCAAUAGAUUGACAGUUGUUCAGAAUAAACACACGGAAAAAUGCAAUCUAGUAUUUAUGGCAGUAUGUUUUGACUAAUGAGUGGGUGAAUACAAUAACUCAGUAACUAUCAGGAUAAAGACAAAGGUGUUAUUACAGCAUGCAACAAGACUUCUGCUUUUUCAAGGCACACCCUAGUAAGGAGUACUUUGCAGUAGGAGAAAAAGGAAAGAAGCCAAACAUUGUCAUCUACACAUAUCCUUUGGUGAGGCCCUACAGAAUACUGAAAGGUGGAACAGAGGUAGCUUAUGUUUUUGGUGAUUUCAACCGUACUGGCUCUUUGCUGGCCAGUGUUGGGAGCAGCCCUGACUACAUGUUGACCAUCUGGGACUGGACACAAGAGGAGACUCUGUUGAGGUCAAAAGCUUUUGCCCAGGAUGUUUACAAGGUCAUGUUUUCUGCUGAGAAUGAAGAGCAUCUGACUACAGGUGGAUUAGGACACAUCAAGUUCUGGAAGAUGGCUCUCACAUUAACUGGUCUCAAGUUGCAAGGAGCUUUGGGCAGGUUUGGGAAAACAGCAGUGUCUGACAUUAUAGGUUUUGUGGAGCUGCCUGAUGGGAAGGUUGUCUCGGGAACUGAGUGGGGCAAUUUGCUGCUUUGGGAAGGUGGCCUCAUUAAAGUAGAGCUCUGUCAAGUUGGACACAAGCCUUGUCAUGAGGGCCCUAUCAGCCAGUUAAUUUUUGAUGAAGGAGACCUUUACUCUGUUGGAAAAGAUGGUGUCAUUCGGAUGUGGAACUUUGAGAUAGUAGAUACUGCUGAUCCUGUGGAUGACACAGGGUUAGUGGAGAUGGAGCCUAUGAAUGAACUUUGGCUUGGCAAGAACGUCAGCCUGAAUUUCAUUACAAAAUUUCAUGACCAGGGACAGUCCUUCUGGUUGGCUCAGGAUACAAGUGGAUCAAUAUGGAAGCUGGAUUUGACUUUUUCAAAUAUGAGCCAUGACCCAGAGCGUGUGUGUACCUUCCACUCUGGGGGGAUUGAGGCCAUCGGUGUCUCUCCCUUUACAUGCCUGAUGGCCACUACAGCUCUUGACCGGACAGUGCGCAUCUAUGAUUUCAGCAGCAACAGCCAACUGAGCUUAAUCAAGUUUAAACAGGGAGGAACAGCGCUGGCAUGGGCACCGGCUAUUGUAAGUCCUGAGGGAGGUCUAAUUGCUGUGGGGUUUGAAGAUGGUGUUGUCCGCAUGAUUGAAGUUUAUGAUCCCACACUGCUGCCCGGUCAUGAAGGACAGGCCAAUGAGAUUGCAGAGAUAAAUCUGAAACAAGUUUUCAAACCUCAUGCUGCUGCCGUCACAGCCCUGGCAUAUGAACCAAAGGGAUAUGUGUUUGCCACAGGGAGUAAAGACAAAACAGUUUUCUUUUUUGCUGUUAAGAAUGAAUACAGGCCUAUUGGAUUCAUCUGUGUCCCUGGGCCUGUACAGGCAUUACAGUGGUCUCCACCUUCUCAUGACAAGAGCACGCUGCUCAUCCUUUGUGAGAAUGGCUUUGCUGUCCAGGUUCCUGCCCCUCACCAUGGGAAGCUGUAUACAGCGACCACCUAUCACAUAGUAGAUCUGCCAACACAGUACUUCCAUUUUUAUAGUGUUAAAUCCCAAAUCAAGCUGAAAGAUGAGAUUGCUCGGAGAGAGAAAGAAAAGGAAGAGAAGGAGAAGGCAAGGCUUGAAUGGAUAAAGCAGCAAAAGGAGCUGGGAAUUGAGGUAGAAGAAACUAAAGAGGAAGAAGCUGAAGAGGAGCCAUUGCCACCUGUCUACAUACCAGAGGAGCCCAGUCCCAUCCUCUGUGGCUUUUAUUCAGCACCUGGAAAAUUUUGGCUUUCCUUGGGUGGAUACGACUCAGGGUUUCUCUAUCAUUGCGAAUUCUCACAUGGUGGCGAAGAAGACCCUGAGAAGAGGAAGGAUGAACCUUUUGAAGUGAUUCCUAUGAAGAACACUGAGAACAAUCCCAUUCACCGAAUCUCCUUCUGUACCCAGCCCCCGCUGAUGUUCUGUGGGAUGCAGGAUGGCUCCCUGCGUGCCUAUCCUCUCAAGGAGGAAGGCAUCUCUGAGGGUGCCCUCAAGGACUACUGGUACCUGAAUGUGCACGACAACGAUAAUGGGCAGAUCCGGGGGAUCUGUUGUAGCCAUGAUGAUGGGUGUCUGAUUACCUGUGGUGGAGAUGGAAACAUUUUUACAUUUGACCUCUUGUCAGAGGAAGAGGUUCCCAAAGAGCUAAAAGUCAUGAUCCCCCCUCCUAGGAGAGGUCUUGAGAAGGAGAAGGCUACUGAAGACAUUAAGGAUCCUGAUGCCUACAAUAUUGAGGAAUACAAGCAGAAAGAGGAGCAUGAACGGAAAAUGAAGGAAGCUGAAGAAAAGAAAAAUAAGAAAAGAGAGGAGUUAAGUGCACUGAGACAAGACUUUGUUUUGCUCCUUCAAAAGAAUCAGGAGUUGCCCAAGCACAUGCAGUUGCACAGAGAGGAGUUUGAGAUGGACCGUAGGAUCUUUGAAGAGCUGGACAGGCAGACACUACAGAGAAUCCAGUUAGUGCAAAAGCAGCUGGCUUGGGAGCACGAGAAACAAUUCAUUGGACUGCAGAAACUACAAAAACAGUUUCAGGACUCUCUGGAAUUUACUCUCACUGUUCAUGCUAUUCAAAGCAAUCAUCAGAUUUCGACCUACAGCCUUCUAACAGUGUCUGAGAAAUACGCCCAAGAUAAGAAACAGGAGGACAGCAAGGGGGCAGUACAUAAAGAGAAAUGGACAGGACUUAAAGAGGCAGAACAAGCAGAAGAGGAGAUCUCCAGAGAGACAAGCCCUGUGCACAGAGGAAGUGUAGCUUUUGAGAAUGAGGCUGAAAGGCUGAAGACACCAGACAUCCAAAAGCCAACCACGCGUUAUAUAGAAAGCAGACGUCAGAAAAUCAGAAGGCUCAUUGAGAAAUAUGAUGCACUGAAAGCCAAGAUCAUGAAGAGGAGGGCAGAAUGGCAUGAAUUAUAUAAGAGCAAACCUAGACGUAGCCAUGAGAAUUCCAAAGAUGCUGAGGACAUCAAAGAAGCACGGGAGACUAUAGGAUGUUACAGGCUGAAGAGUGCCACUAACUACACACUCACUGAAGAUGAGCGUAUAAACACUGAAAAGAAGAUGAUGCAGCUUGCAAUCCUGGAAGACUUGAUCCAUAAGACGAAAGUGAAUAUGAACAAAGAGAUUGUGUCUUUGAGGGAUCUCAAGGUUUCUACUAUUGAUGAAAUCAAAAGUUUAGUGAAGGAAGUCAAAUCCAUACAGGCAAACUUAGAUGUAUCAGAACAUCUUCCUAUUCCCCCGAUCCCUCAGUUACACCCAGAUGAGGUUCCUGAAAAGAUAGUUGAGUGCAGCAGUGACGUCCUCCUAAAGUUCAAAGAGGAGCAGGAGGCCAAGGCAGAGCAGGAGGAGCCGCUGGAAGGAUGUGCCUCGUUCCGCGCAUUUAGGCACGUGUUUCUAAAAACUCCUCCUGUGGAAGAGGGUGAUGCCAUGGUACAGACUGGAGAUGCAUCAGCUGUGGUCACAGGGAAGCAGGAGGCUUAUGAGAUGGAGAAAGUAGAGCCAACAGAAAUGGAACUGGAAAUUUUAAUGAGAGAGAAGAUAAAAAAUCUGUACUUGCAGGAGACCUUGAUUAAAAAGAUCAACACACUGGUGAUCAACUUCGAUGCUGAACUCCGCCUUUUGCGGCACAAGAAACUGAAGAUGGAUGUGCAGAUGAAAAGUGCUGAUCUGCGCUGCAUCACAUGCUGCGAAGAGCUGCUUAUCCUGAAGAAACUUGAGAUACAUGAGGACCUUCUUGAGGAGCAAAUUUGUGCCAUCAUCAGUAAACAGGAGGACAUACAUUCAAAAUUGAAGAGCUGCCUUGCACAAAUGGAGGAUAGAAAGUCUGAGAUUGUAAUGCUUGAGGAACGUGAGAAAGCUCUUUAUGCCAGCUUCGAAGCAUCCCUUGGAGAAAACAAUGAAUUUGCUGAUGUUCUGACAGAUAUUUUAAAGAAGGAAGUUGUGUAUGUGGAAAAAGAAGAAGUAAGAAGAAAAGCAGGUGAACAAAAUGAGAAUGAAGAGGAGGAUGAUGAAAAGCCUGACUUAAAGACUGAUGAAGAAAAUGGUGGAUCUGAACGCAUAGUCUUUGAUGACUCAGUUUGCCCAGAAGGCUGCAGUGAGGAUCUCUUUCUGAACACCAUCCAGCUCCGGCAGCAGCGCAUAGGCAUUGAGAAAGCUUUACAAGAGGAGAAGAAAGCUGCUGCUGACCUCAAAAAGGAAUAUAAUGCCUUGGCCAUAAAGGCAAAAGAAAUAGAAACCAGUCUGGACAUAAAAAACAGGGAACUGGAGGCCUUUCAGUGGGAAAAGCUGCACAAACUGAAUGAGCUGGAUGUAGUUGUGCCUUUGAGACUCCAUCAGGUGCAGUGCUUGGAUGAUGGGGAGAUGCCCCGUGAUUUCUCCCAGACUUUAGUAUUUACCAAUCAGUCCUUGCAGUACCUGAAAAAGAGAAUUGUGGACCUACGUAAUGAAAAGAUAAUGCAAAGGGAGAUUCAUAAGAAGGCCAAGGAGCAACAUAAGCAGCUUAUCCAGGACAAAAAGGAGAUGGAGAUGGAGAUUCAAGGACUGGAGGAGAGGUGCAAUAAUCUGAUGAUGGAGAAGUUUGGUCGGCUGGUUGAUUUUGAAGAAGUUCAAGUACACUCUGUUAAUAUACCUAGGGAGCAGAUGAAAGUGAGAAUAAUGGAGAAAGAGUACGAGCAUUUUGUGGAGCUCAAAGAAUGGGAGGAAAAAAUUGUGGUCCUGCAGCAUCAGCUAGCAAAGCUGACAAGGGAAAACACCAGCAAGCUGCACCAGCUGAACAGGUUUUGCCAUGAAAAGCAUCAGCUUGAAACUGAGCUGGAAUCACUGACAACUGGUCAGGGUGGAGAAUUUGAGGGCACCCGAAGUGCUGACAUCAAAGAGACAGCCCGGCUGGAGUCACGACUCAUGCACAUGACUUGUGAGGUGGCCCUUCUGAGAGAGGAAGUCAGCCAGGGCAGAGUAGAUGAGAUGUGAAAGAACUUGCUUUCCUUAGCAGAAAAGGUGGGUGCCUCUUUCUACAAGCUUUAGCACAAGACUCUGAGAUUCAAACUCCCUGUUCAGAAAUAGUAACUAACAAUCCAAGUCACCCUUAAAAUUAACUGUGGCAGCAGUCAUGCCUGGAAGUGCAAAAAUAAUUGUUUUGGCUAUCCAGGGGUUUAGUU